AUGAUGGUGCUACCCGCCAUUUCUCUGUCAACUAACAUAACAGUUUCAACUAACAUAACUGCCACUUCGGCUCCAACCACCCUCCACAAACACAGACUUCACAAUUCAACUCUCAAAUCCCUUUCAAAAUCUGGUAAACUAGAUGAGGCUCUUCGUCUAAUAGAAUAUUGGCCGUCCAAAUCCCCGGCCACCGCACCGGAUGUUGAGGCUUGCGCCCUCUUCCUACACUCCUGUAUCUCCAGAAAAGCCCUGGAACAUGGCCAAAGACUCUACCUUCAGCUCCUCCUUUAUAGAGAUAGGUGCAACCACAAUCUUCUCAACAACCCCACAUUGAAAGGCAAGCUCAUCACUCUCUUCUCAGUUUGUGGAAGAGUUGAUGAGGCUCGCCGCGUUUUUGAGGAUGGUGGGGAGGAUGUAGAUUUGCCGGAGUCGGUUUGGGUGGCCAUGGGAAUUGGGUACUCAAGAAAUGGGUACCCGAAAGAAGCUUUGCUUCUCUAUUAUGAGAUGGUGUGCCAGUUUGGUCAGCUGGGUAAUUUUGCGUUUUCUAUGGCAUUGAAAGCAUGUUCGGAUCUGGGUGAUUUGCGGACCGGUAGAGCGGUCCAUGCCCAGGUGUUGAAAGCUACUGAGGAUCCGGAUCAGGUGGUGAACAAUGCGCUUCUUCGGUUGUACAGUGAGGAUGGGUGUUUCGAGGAGGCGCUACGGGUGUUCGAUGGAAUGCCUCAUAGGAAUGUUGUAUCUUGGAACUCGUUGAUUGCGGGUUUGGUUAAGAAAGAUGGAGUGUUUGAGGCAAUUGAGGCUUUUAGGAUAAUGCAGGGGAAGGGAAUGGGGUUCAGUUGGGUGACGCUUACCACGAUCUUACCUGUGUGUGCUCGGGUUACUGCACUUGGUAGUGGGAAAGAGAUACAUGCUGUGAUUGUGAAAUCCACCGCAAAACCGGAUGCACCAGUGCUAAAUUCGCUUGUGGACAUGUAUGCAAAGUGUGGAGCAAUGGAUUACUGUAGAAGAGUGUUUAAUGGGAUGCAAGGUAAAGAUUUGACUUCAUGGAAUACCUUGAUCACAGGGUAUGCAAUCAAUGGUCGAAUGAUGGAAGCGAUGGAGUCGUUCCAGGAGAUGAUUUGUUCUGGUUUCAGUCCAGAUGGGAUCACAUUCAUUGCCUUGUUGUCAGGUUGUAGCCAUGCAGGGCUUGCAGAUGACGGCUGCAGAUUGUUUGAAAUGAUGAAGAUGGAUUACGGGAUCUCUCCAACUGUAGAGCAUUAUGCUUGUUUGGUGGAUGUCUUGGGUAGAGCUGGGAGAAUCAAGGAGGCAUUGGAAAUUGUGAAAAACAUGCCAUUUAAGCCGACGGGCAGCAUAUGGGGAUCAUUACUCAACUCAUGCCGACUCCAUGGUAAUGUUCCUCUUGCUGAGGCUGUUGCAAAGCGGUUGUUUGAGCUUGAACCCAAUAAUGCUGGGAAUUAUGUGAUGCUGUCAAACAUUUAUGCAAAUGCAGGGAUGUGGGAGAGUGUUAAGGUGGUUAGAGAGUUUAUGGAAAAGAGGGGUAUGACGAAAGAGGCUGGAUGCAGCUGGCUUCAAAUCAAAAGCAAAAUUCAUACUUUUGUGGCAGGCGGGAGUAACGAGUUUCGCAAUUCAGUUGAGUAUAAGAAAGUUUGGAAGAGACUGAUGGAAGCUAUGGAAGAAGUUGGAUAUGUCCCAGACACUGGUGUUGUUCUUCAUGAUGUAAGUGAAGAAAUGAGGGCAAUGUGGGUGUGUGGUCACAGUGAACGGCUUGCAACCAUGUUCGCACUCAUCAACACGGCCUCAGGGAUGCCUAUUAGGAUAACAAAGAAUCUUCGUGUUUGUGUAGAUUGCCACUCCUGGGUGAAGACUUUGUCCAAGGUCACUGGGAGAGUGAUUGUCUUGAGAGAUACAAAUCGUUUCCACCAUUUCAAAGAUGGGGUGUGCUCAUGUAAAGAUUACUGGUGAUUUAUUUUCCCAACUACUCACUUCUAAGCUGUAACUUCAUUAUCUGAAAAGCAGACAUGAAUAGAAUACUGGUACGGCUCCCUCUGAUGCUUUGCAA